ACAAUGUCUUCUUCUUCCCCGAUCUUCUCUUCUCUCUCGCUAGGGUUUACAUAAGAAGUUCGUAUUUGCUUUAGAUUCGACGAUUUCGUCGCUCCGAUCCGUAAUUUGAAUCCAACAUGGAAGGAGGGGGUAGUUUGGACUCGAAAAUCGAGUCUCUAUUGAAUGUGGAGAAGCAAAUGAGACUUAAUGGCGAUAUAGCUGGUACAAAGAAGGCCGCGAUUGAUAUUCUUCAACUUUGUUUCGAGGCUCGUGCUUGGAAGACACUCAAUGAUCAGAUUGUUGUAUUGUCGAAGCGGCGUGGUCAAUUGAAGCAGGCUGUAACUGCUAUGGUCCAACAAGCAAUGCAGUAUAUUGAUGAAACCCCAGAUAUCGAGACCAAAAUUGAACUCAUCAAGACACUAAACAGUGUAUCAGCUGGAAAGAUUUAUGUAGAGAUUGAGAGAGCCAGAUUGAUUAAAAGACUAGCAAAGAUUAAGGAAGAACAAGGACAAAUUGCUGAAGCUGCUGAUUUGAUGCAAGAAAUUGCUGUGGAAACUUUUGGGGCAAUGGCUAAAACUGAAAAGAUUGCUUUCAUUCUUGAACAAGUUCGAUUAUGUUUAGAUAGACAAGAUUAUGUUCGUGCUCAAAUUCUUUCAAGGAAAAUUAGCCCAAGAGUUUUUGAUGCUGAUCCUUCAAAAGAAAAGAAGAAACCAAAAGAUGCUGAAGGACUUGUGGAAGAAGCCCCUGCAAAUAUUCCAUCUUUACUUCAACUCAAAAGAAUCUAUUAUGAACAUAUGAUUCGAUUCUACUCACACAGCAAUGACUACCUUGAAAUCUGUCGAUGUUACAAAUCGAUAUAUGAAAUCCCAUCUGUCAAGGAAGACCCUUCUCAAUGGAUACCAGUGUUGAGGAAAAUUUGUUGGUAUUUGGUUUUGUCACCACAUGAUCCGAUGCAAUCGAGUCUUUUGAACUCGACUUUGGAAGAUAAAAACCUCUCGGAAAUCCCUCACUUCAGGUCUUUGUUGAAACAAGUGAUCACAAUGGAAGUUGUUCAAUGGACUGCUUUGUGGAAUACUUUCAAAGAGGAGUUUGAAAAUGAGAAGAAUAUGUUAGGUGGCUCUUUAGGUGACAAAGCUGCUGAGGAUCUUCAGGAGAGAAUAAUUGAACAUAAUAUCCUGGUUGUUUCAAAGUACUAUGCACGGAUCACAGUAAAACGGCUUGCAGAGCUGUUGUGUCUUACUGUUGAGGAAGCGGAAAAGCAUUUAUCUGAUAUGGUGGUAUCAAAGGCACUAGUGGCAAAGGUGGAUAGGCCUUUGGGAAUUGUGUGUUUCCAAACAGCGAAAGACAGCAAUGGGAUUUUGAAUUCAUGGGCAAUGAAUUUGGAGAAGCUUCUGGAUCUUGUUGAGAAGAGUUGCCACCAAAUCCAUAAGGAAACCAUGGUUCACAAAGCUGCUUUGAAAGCUUGAGACUCAACACUGUUUUCUUAUUUUUAGUAAACAUAUUAUUGCAUUUCGUUACUUCACUUGGGUUUUACUUUUAUUUGUUUAUCUUUUUGUGACCUUGUUGCUGAAUUUGAAUUUGGAUCAGAAAUAGCAUGUAACAUGUUGUACCUUGUUUUAGUAAUUCUAUUCGGUGUUUGGUUA